CUAAAUAGACGAUGCUUACCAUCAUUCUUAGUAGUCAAUGUUAAGCAUAGCACUGGAUCCUAAAUACCAUCACAUUUGUAUGAUCUGGUGAUGCCAACAAAGUUACAGAAACGCUCGGCGGCCAAAGGGGGCUUCCAAGGCAACAUAGCCUCAUUUUUCUCCCCAAAGGUGGUGGGCUCAUGUUCCUACAAGAAGAAUGUGCCUGUUAAGACUGAGGAGGUGGAGGAUACGGAAAAUGUCCCCCUUUCCCCUGAGUGCACUAUUGUACCAGAGACACCAGACAGCCUCAUCAAGCCACACAACCACUCAGGUGUAGACCAUGAUGUGACGCGCUCACCUGUCUCCCGUAGCCCUUCCUCCAGGGGCUCAGCUGUGAAGAACAACCUCUUUACCAGGAUGCCCAUGCGGCCACUGCAAAAUGAGAGUCCCAAAGCUAAGGACCAGGACAAUUCGAAGAGUGACCGCAGUCAUGUGGCCUCUGCAAAAAGGCGGAUGUUUUCCCCUGACGAGCCCCAGAGAGCGAAGCGAGUCAGAGCCAUGCCUGUUAAGAGACCCAGUCGAAGCCCACUGAAGGACCCCAGCUCCUCUGCUGCUAAUGGCCUUAAUGACUAUAUUGAGGAGAUACGCUGCCUCAAAAGUACAAAUUCCCAUACCAAACCAGGACAAAACACCAAGCAAGCUCCAAAACCCCUUAAAGCAGGACAGAUUACUUUUACGACUGACCGUAAAAAAUCAGGACCUGUGCCCCAAGACUCCAGAAGGGAGAAGACACUGAGCGAAGCCAGUUGUUCUCAUUCCAACAAAGGCAAUGGUAUUGGCGGAAGCACUUUCACUUCGAUAUCAAAACCGAAACCUGUCGAGGACUAUGACUUUUCAAGAGAUUUGGCAAUCAAUGGAGAGCUGGUUUGUUCCUUCACAUGUGACGUACCUGAAGAACCUACAAGAAGCAUGGAGUCAACUCUCUUUCAUCCAUCCAGGGGUGGUAUUGCAGAUAUUUGCCAAGCGAAGCACAGAAGCCCAGAUGGGAAAGCAACCCAGGAUGAUCUUCAGGAGGAAUUGGAUGAUAGUUGGUUUGAUGAGAAAAUGGAGCCAUUUGCCACUGAGCCCAAAGAGAAGCUGUCAAAAUCUGAAAAAACAAAAGGCAUUCCAGAUAAUGUCAUAUUGUCUACUGGCUUACACAAUCGGUACUGGGUCCUGGAUAUACAGGAAACGACCGGUCCUCAUGGUUAUCUGGAAAAACACUUAACCAUAACAGCCUCCAAGACCACACAACCCACAGAGACCUGUAUCUUGAAAGAUGGCUGGGAGAGCACGCCCGUUGCGGUGGGUGACAUUGUCCACGUGGAGGGUGAGUGUGUCUCAGGGACGUGGGUGAUUGGCAGAGACUUGGGCUUCCUGGUGCUGCUACCGGACGUCCUCAUAUCUGGCACCAGCAUCGCCAACAGCAUCCGGUGCAUGAGAAGAGCUGUGCUGGGGGAGAUAUUUAAGGGUUUUGAUGGAGGAUCUAAACAGAUGCUGACUGGUACCAUAAUUCAUGAGAUCUUUCAGAGGGCAGCCAUGUCCAUGAACUUCUCUGAGGAGAGGUUGAAGAAACUUGCCCAGGAUGCCCUUCUCAGUCCAAACUAUUUGGGUCAAAUAUACAGCCUCAGUCUGCCACAGGAGGACAUCAGGCAGGGUGUUGAGGAGUACUUACCAUCCCUCUCAGAGUGGGCUAAAGAUUACUUGGACUCCUCUUCACACUCUGGCAACAAGCCACUAACACUGAAACUACCCAGUGAUGGGAGGCUGAAUAAACAGGACAGUGGCUGCACAGUGACCGUCACAGAUUUCACUGACAUCGAGGAGAACAUCUGGUCACCUCGUUUCGGCCUGAAGGGCAAGAUCGACGUGACUGCAAGCGUGCGUAUCCACCGUCGGGGUCGGAGAUCAAUAGAACGCGUGGUCCCUCUGGAGCUGAAGACGGGCAAGGAGUCCAAUUCCAUCGAACACCGCAGCCAGGUCAUCUUGUACACACUAAUGAGCCUGGAGAGGAGAGCUGAUCCCGAGGCUGGGUUCCUAAUCUACCUGAAAACCGGCAGCCUGCAUCCCAUCGUGGGAAACCACGUGGACAGGAGAGAGCUGAUAAAAUUGAGGAAUAUGCUGGCACACCAUCUUGGCAACAACUUGGAGAAAGCCGAAGGCGGGUCGUCAACACGCCUGACACCUUUACCUGAUGUCAUAUCCGAUCAGCAGGCCUGCAGAUACUGUCCUCAGAAGCAAAACUGUGCCGUGUAUAACAAAGCUCUGGAGAGGGACCCAUCUGGUGACCCUAGUGGCCCUGAGCCGCCCUUCCUGGAGCAGGAGAGCGAGCACCUGAGCCUGCCCCACCUGCACUACUUCAGCCACUGGGUGCUGCUCUGCGCCCUGGAGGCCCGCACCAUGGAGGCCAAAGGAGGCCGCCGCAACAUCUGGCUCCAGUCAGCCCAGGAGAGGGAGAAGAGUGGUGGUUGUCUUGGGAACCUCCUCAGGACAGGCAAAGUGACCGCACUGGCUGACGAUGUUCACCAGCACUUCUUUGAGCGGCAGGGUGGCAUCCAGGCCCUGACCGGUCUGGUUGUCGGUGACCGUGUGGUGGUCAGUGACCAGGACUCCAAACUCAUCGGUGUAGCAACCGGAUUCGUGACUGAGGUUUCCAAUGCUGGAGUGAGCUGCUCUUUAGAUCGGGAUCUGUCUAGGCUUCCUGCAAACAUGGUGUUCCGUUUGGACCAGGACGAGGGUGCAGGAGGACUGAGCACCCACUUCGGAAACAUCUCAAAGCUGAUGGAAAAUUCCCCGACAAGCCAAAGGUUACGGGAGCUGAUAGUGGAUUUCCGUCGUCCUCAAUUCAUAGACAGCCUGAGCAGCGUUCUACCACGAGAUGCCAAAGAUACCGUUGCCAACAUCCUAAAAGGCCUCAACAAGCCUCAGAAGCAGGCCAUGAAGAAAGUGCUUUUAUCAAAAGAUUACACUCUGAUUGUGGGAAUGCCUGGCACCGGCAAAACCACCACUAUUUGCACACUGGUGCGGAUUCUCCACGCUUGCGGCUUCAGUGUCCUACUGACCAGUUACACCCACUCUGCUGUGGACAACAUCCUCCUCAAGCUCAAGAAGUUCAAGAUUGGCUUCCUGCGGCUGGGUCGGGCACAGAAGGUGCAUCCUGAUAUCAGACCCUUCACGGAUGAGCAGUGCCGAGCCAAAGGCAUUACCAACCUCUCUGAUCUCGAACACCUCUACAACAAGGAGCUGGUGGUAGCCACCACCUGUAUGGGUGUGAAGCACGCCCUCUUCAGCCGGCGGCGCUUUGACUUCUGCAUCGUGGACGAGGCCUCUCAGAUCAGCCAGCCCGUGUGCCUGGGACCGCUCUUCUACGCCCAGCGCUUCGUCCUGGUGGGGGACCACCAACAACUGCCUCCCAUCGUCCAGAACUCCGAGGCCAGAGCUCUGGGUAUGGAUGAGAGCCUGUUCAAGCGUUUGGAGCAUCACUCCAAUGCAGUGGUCCAGCUUACCGUGCAGUAUAGGAUGAACAGUAAGAUCAUGUCUUUAAGCAACGCAUUGAUGUAUGAAGGCAAACUUGAGUGUGGAUCAGAGAGGAUGGCGAGUGCAGUUCUAAAGCUGGCCACCAGGGACAGCGUGGAGCAGGAUCUGGAGCUGUUUGUAGGCCAGGAGGAGUACACAGCCUGGAUCCGAACAGCCCUGCAGCCUCUCACCCCGGUCUGCUUCCUGGACACCACCAAGGUUCCUGCUAUUGAGACCGUGGAGAAAGGAGGCAUCAGCAACCAUAUUGAGGCCACACUGGUACAUGCCAUCGUCAGCCUGUUGCUCAAGGCUGGCUGCAAAGCGGCAGAUAUUGGCAUCAUUGCACCAUACCGGCAGCAGCUGAAGGCCAUCUCUGGCCUGCUGGACAGUCCGGCCUUCAGUGCCGUGGAGGUAAACACGGUGGACAAAUACCAGGGCCGCGACAAGAGCGUCAUCAUAGUGUCCUUUGUGAGGAGUAGCAUGGAGGCUAAUAUGGGGGAGCUGCUGAAGGACUGGAGGAGGCUGAACGUGGCCAUCACCAGAGCGAAGCACAAGCUUAUCAUGAUUGGCUCAGUGAGCACGCUCCGUCGCUACGCACCCCUGGAGAAGCUUCUCAGCCACCUGGAGCAGGAGAGCAUGGUGUUCCAGCUCCCGGUGGCAGCACAUGAGGCACUGCCCCCAACAUUCCUCUGAAGUACGCUGCCCACCGGCCAUCAGAUGACCUCAGUUUUACACUGAACCUCAUACUCAAAACCCACCCUACCUAAGUAAUAUGGUGCUUAGUCUGUUCUUUUGAAAGAACAUUUCACUGUGAAACUUUUCCUUUUAUGAAGUUCUCAUGCUGUUUAUGCAUGUUGACUGUGGAUGCUAUUAGCUACUUUUGUCAGACCUCUAAUUCAACUAAUAUUAUGAAUUUAUUAAUGUGAUUUUAGGAUGUAUGUGUAUUUGUAAAUUGGUAUGUAUGUUUUAAUUUUGUACUUG